AUGUUUGAUUCUAAUGGUGAUGGAGCGAUAAAUUUCAAUGAGUUCCAGGCCCUGUGGCAGUAUAUAAAUGACUGGACAAACUGUUUCCGUGGUUUUGAUCUCGAUAAUAGCGGCAAUAUCGAUAAAUCAGAACUUCAGAAUGCUUUGACCCGAUUUGGAUACCGCCUAUCUGAUCAAUUCUAUAAUAUAUUAAUGAUGAAAUUCGAUCGAACCCAUACUGGACAUGUCAAUUUUGAUGAUUUUAUCCAAUUGUGUGUGGUAUUGCAGACCCUAACUGCUGCCUUCAGGUCAGUGAAAGAGAGAUUGUACCCAGCAGCCAAAGGAUACUCUCUAGAAGAACAUCAUCCCAGAGCCUCAAUAAACAUCUACCUUUCAAAAAAAAAUGCCAAGUUAACAAACUUACAAUACCCCCUUAACAUCUGUUUCUGUCUCUUUGAACUUUAG